GCCGGGACCGUUGCGGGCGACCGCCGGCCGUCGGAGCGGCGUGCGCGUGAGCGCCCCCUAGCCAUGCCGUCGUCCGCACGUAAAGGAGGAGGGCCCAAGGACCCCGAGCUGGCCGAGCUUUUCUUCCAAGAUGACCCGGAGGACAUCUUCUGCGACUUGCACGAGAUCGGACACGGCAGCUUUGGGGCCGUGUACUUCGCCCGCAACUCCUAUUCCAACGAGGUGGUGGCCAUCAAAAAGAUGUCCUACAAUGGCAAGCAGACUACUGAAAAAUGGCAGGACAUCAUCAAGGAAGUGAAGUUUUUGGGGCAGCUCCGCCACCCUAACACCAUCGAAUACAAAGGCUGCUACCUGAAAGACAACACGGCCUGGUUGGUGAUGGAGUACUGCCUGGGCUCUGCAUCAGAUUUACUCGAAGUUCACAAGAAAGCACUGCAAGAGGUGGAAAUCGCUGCCAUUACCCACGGUGCCUUGCUCGGACUAGCCUACCUGCACUCCCACAAUAUGAUUCACAGAGACGUGAAGGCAGGAAACAUCCUGCUGACGGAGGCGGGACAUGUCAAGCUGGCCGACUUUGGCUCCGCCUCCAUCGCCUCACCUGCCAAUUCCUUCGUGGGUACGCCCUACUGGAUGGCCCCCGAAGUGAUCCUGGCUAUGGACGAGGGCCAGUAUGAAGGAAAAGUGGACAUCUGGUCCCUGGGGAUCACCUGCAUCGAGUUAGCCGAACGCAAGCCGCCAUUGUUCAACAUGAACGCCAUGAGUGCCUUAUAUCACAUCGCGCAGAACGACUCACCUGCCCUGCAGGCGAGCGACUGGUCCGAUCAAUUCCGGAGCUUUGUGGACUACUGCUUACUAAAAAUUCCUCAGGACCGACCUUCGUCGGGGGAGCUACUUCUACACGACUUUGUGCGACGGGAGCGGUCGCCGAGGAUCCUGCUGGAUUUGAUCCAUAGGACCAAGGAUGCCGUGCGCGAACUGGACAACCUGCAGUACCGCAAGAUGAAGAAGAUACUCUACCAGGAGAAGCACAAGGGACCAAUGGGGGAGAGUCAGGACGACGACGAGGAUAGCGAGGCGGCCAGCUGCAAGAUGAACAGCAUGGGCAGCGACCACUCCGUACCCAGCACAUCGCUCAGCACGGGCAGCCGGAGCAGCAGCAUCAACAGCCUGCAGGAAGGUCUAGAGGACGUCCCUGGCGGGCAUCCGCACGACUACGCUAGCACCCUGGACUCCUCUGUGCACGCCGACAAGGAGCUGCAUUACAAGUGGGACGACGGCCUUCACAAGAGUAGCCAGGCCCAAAACUACAAGAACCAGGCCCGUUUUGCAACAAUCAAGUCUGCAUCCUUGGUGACCAAGCAGAUCCAUGAGCAUGAGCAAGACAGCGAGCUGCGCGAGCAGAUGUCGGGCUACAAGCGCAUGCGGAGGCAACACCAGAAGCAACUGAUCGCCCUGGAGAACAAACUCAAGGCCGAGAUGGACGAGCAUCACCUCAAACUGCACAAGGAGGUGGAGACGCAGGCCAACAAUGCCUAUAUCGAACUGGAAAAGCUGGCCAAGAAACACGUCGCGCACGCCGACAAGGAGGCCAAGUGCGCGCUGGCCGAUGAGAAGAAGUUCCAGCAGCAAAUUGUGGCGCAGCAGAAGAAGGAGCUGAGCACAUUCCUUGACACGCAGAAGAAGCAAUACAAACUCUGCAAGGAGAAGAUCAAGGAGGAGAUGAGCGAGGACCACAGCACGCCCAAGAAAGAGAAGCAGGAGCGUCUGUCCAAGCACAAGGAGAACAUGCAGCACUCGCAGGCCGAGGAGGAGGCCGACCUGCUGGCCCGCCAGCGCCUUCGCCUCGAGCGCCAAGCCCGCGCCUUCAAGCGCGCCGCUCUCGUGACCAGACACCGCCUAGAGCACCAACGCGUGCGGGAGGAACUGAAUAAAAAGAAAACCCAGAAGGAGGCGGAGCACGCAAUGCUGAUCCGCCAAGACGAGGCCACGCAGGAACUGGAGAGACGGCAGCUUGGGAGCUUGCAGAGGCUACGCGUGGACCUCGUCCGCCUGCAGCACCAAACGGAACUGGACAACCAGAUGGAGUACAACGGGCGGCGCCAGAGCGAGCUGCGGCGCAAGCACAUCGUGGAGUUGCGUCGGCAGCCGAAGAAUGUCAAGGCACUGGAGUCUCAGAUCAAGAAGCAGUUUGAGGACACAUGCAAGGUCCAGAGCAAGCAGUACAAGGCGUUGCGGCAGCAUCACGCCGAGGUCACGCCCAAGGGCGAGCACAAGGGUGUCCUCAAGGCGCUCAAGGACGAGCACACGCGCAAAAUGGCCGUCCUGGCCGAGCGCUACGAGCAGAGCGUCAACCACAUGAUGGCCUCGCAGGCGCUUCGGCUGGACUCGGCCCAGGAGGCAGAGUGCCAGGCGUUGGCGCAGCAGCUGCAGCAGGAGUUGGAGCUGCUCAACGCCUACCAGAGCAAAAUCAAGAUGCAGACCGACGUGCAGCACGAGCGCGAGAGCCACAAGCUCCAGCACAAAGUCUCGCUCAGGCGCGCGCACCUCGAGCAAAAGAUCGAAGAGGAGCUGCUGUCGAUGCAGAAGGACCACACGGAGCGCGUCAAACUUCUUCUGGAGCGCGAGGAGCACGAGUUGGAAGCCUUCGACAUGGAGAGCGUGCGUCUGGGCUUCGGGAACUUGGCCGCCGCCGCGCUGGACUUCGCCAAGGACGACUUUAGAUGA